UUUGCUAACCAUGGCGGCCGAACUUGAGAGUUCCAAGUGCCUGAGUGGGCUGUUGAGCGGCCUGGCUCAGGAUACUUUCUACGGGCACCCGGGCAUCACGGAAGAGCUGCUGCGGAGCCAGCUGUAUCCGGAGGUGUCACUUGAGGAGUUCCGCCCCUUUCUGGCGAAGAUGAAGGGGAUUCUUAAGUCUAUUGCAUCUGCAGACAUGGAUUUCAACCAGCUAGAGGCAUUUUUGACUGCUCAAACCAAAAAGCAAGGAGGGAUCACAUCUGAGCAAGCUGCUGUCAUUUCCAAGUUCUGGAAGAGCCACAAGACAAAAAUCCGAGAGAGUCUUAUGAACCAGAGCUGCUGGGACAGAGGGCUUCGGGGCUUGAGCUGGAGAGUUGAUGGCAAAUCGCAGUCAAGACACUCAGCUCAAAUACAUACUCCUGUUGCCAUCAUGGAGCUGGAAAUAGGGAGAAGUGGACAGGAAUCUGAAUUUCUGUGUUUGGAAUUUGAUGAGGUCAAGGUCAAUCAAGUCCUGAAGAAGCUCUCAGAGGUAGAAGAAAGUAUCAGCACACUGAUGCAACCAGCCUAGCUGAAGAUGGAGAUGUUGAAGCAGAGGUGUUCGUGAUCCCACCCCAGAGGCCUGCUUUUUUAAACAAAGAAAAAUCGUAUUCCCCUAAUAGUAUUAAAUCCUCAAGUUCAAAUCUU